UUCAUUACAUUACAAUUUAGCAUCGAAGGGUGUUCGUGUUCUUCGAAUCCGAUUACUAUAUUAAUUGUACUUGAAUGUACGCCUUAGUGAUUGCAUUAUCCAUUUUUGGAUUCUUCAUACACGGUUCUGUAGUUGUUGCUGAUUGUGAUUGUGGAUCGUCUAAAUCCGGUCCGGGUUUUAGUUCACCGCAAGAGGCAAUUAAACAAGCAAAACGAGAGAAAAUACUUUACGUCCCAUGCAUAUCGUUAAAUCCAGCAAAUCCGGACUAUCUUUCUGUAGUCGAUGCUGACCCGUCUAGUCCCAAUUACAGUACUGUGAUAUCCAGAUUGUACUUUCCAGUACAGAAGGUAAAAGACGAACUACAUCAUUCUGGCUGGAAUACAUGUUCUGCCUGUCAUGACGACAAAACGGCGGUGCGGAACAAGUUAUUAUUCCCAUGUUUGAACAGCGAUCGAGUUUAUAUUGUUGAUACAUCCGACGAACGGCAGCCACAACAUUAUAAGACUAUUGAACCGGAGGAACUUCAUAAUUUGGGAUUAUCUUCGCCCCAUACAACACAUUGCAUCCCCACUGGCGAAGUGAUGAUCUCAACGAUGGGUGAUGGACUAGCCGGAAAUGGACAAGGACAAUUUCUAAUGAUCGAUGGGAAAAAGAACUUCACAGUCAAAGGAAAAUACUCAAAUGUCAACACACCAUACGGCUACGAUUUCUGGUAUCAGCCGUAUUUCGAUGUGAUGAUUUCAAGUGAAUGGGGAGCACCGCAAAAAUUUAAAGGUGGAAUCAAUUUAGACGACCUAGCCAAGUUUUAUGGCCACACAAUCCAUGUGUGGUCAUGGGACAGACGAGAGUACGUCAAACCGAUUGAUCUUGGAACAGAUAAUGGCUGGUUGCCACUCGAAACAAGAUUCCUUCACGAUCCAUAUAAACCUCACGGUUACGUCGCUUGUGCGCUGUCAUCGACAGUCUUUCACAUCAAUAAGAAAUCCGGAGACUGGAAGGCCGAUCUUGUAAUUACAGUUCCACCGAAGAAAGUCGAAAAUUGGUGGAUGGGCUUGGCCGAUAUGCCUGGCGUCAUUACGGACAUUCUCAUAUCAAUGGACGAUCAAUUCCUUUAUUUCAGUAAUUGGGUUCAUGGCGAUAUUCGGCAGUACGAUAUUAGCAAUCCAGCCGCGCCGAAACUAGUCGGACAAGUCUUCAUUGGAGGAUCAAUUGUAAAAGGUGGUCCAGUCAAUGUCGUUCAUGAUACAGAACUGACCAGUCAACCAGAUCCAUUAUACGUCAAAGGUGUUCGCAUCGAAGGUGGCCCACAAAUGUUACAGCUGAGUAUCGACGGAAAGCGACUCUAUGUUACAACCUCGUUGUUUUCUGCCUGGGAUAAGCAAUUCUACCCUGAACUUUACAAAAAGGGAGCUUGUCUUCUGCAGAUUGACGUAAACAAUAAAAAGGGAGGUAUGAAAGUGAACAAAAACUUCUUGGUCAACUAUGGCAAUGAACCAAAAGGUCCUGCGUUGGCGCAUGAAAUUCGCUGGCCAGGAAUAGAUUGUUCCAGUGAUAUUUUUUCACCGAAAGGGAGGUGGAACGAUAAUUUGUAAUUUUAAGUGUUACAGCAAUGUAUACGAUGAAAUGUACAUUUACAUUGCUUAAUCACAGUACGUGAGUUCUUUGAAAGCAUGUUGACCCUACCCUCACCUCUCGUCAAUAUAAAAAAAAUUGGAA